UUGGGCUGAGGCAGUGGCCCCCCCGUCUGAGGGGAAGCAGCACCAUUCGAGGGCCCAGCUGUGCAAUCCGGGGAGAGUCAGUUCACCUCCCUGGACCUCCAUUGCCAUAUUGCAAGAUGGAGGAAGAACGCCUGUCCUACCUCAGGGAUGAGGGGCCCUUCCCCCCUUCCCCAGGGCAGGUAUUUGAGGAAGUCCCUGCUUCAGGACAGGGUUGGGGCUGGGGACCGCUGCCGGAAGGACCCCCAGGCAGGGAAAGCCCUCCGCAGACCUUGCCAGGCUGGACCAGUAGAUUCCUCUCACCCUGAUGUCUGUGCUGCUGGUGCUUGUGUUUUAGACUCACAGGUGAACUGAAUCUAAAUUCCUCGCAUCCUCUGAGCACUAGGCCAUGGCUCAGAAGAGCCCUGCAGGCAACGGCCUGAGCUUCCCCUACAAGGACCUGGAGUACGAGGUGGCCAGACGCAGGCGCACCAUGACCACCAGAGAAGAGGUGCUUACCAAGGAAGGUGAGGAAGCCCUGGUGAGGAAGCUAAAGGGCUUGGAUCAAUUCCCUUCCCCUGACAUGGCGGACCGCCCACCCCCCCCAGCCCCGCCUCCCUCUCCAGCUGACGACCUCCAAGUCUCCUAG